UUCAAUAUCCCUCGUCUUCAAAUCCCACCCCACCCCUUCACCCCCCUCUCUCUCUCUCUCUCUCUCUCUGGUCUUUCUAUAUAUACAUAUAUACAUAAAGAUAUACGUAUAUAUAGAUACAAAUAUAUGGUGGUGUUUUGCUUUUUGGUGGAUCAAACACGUAAGGUCAAGAAGACAAAGCCGGUGGCAGGAUCGUGUUCAAGAUGCAGACGAGGAGCCAGCGUGGGUGAAAUCAUAACGAAAACCAGAUUUUGUAGCAUCCCAUUUUACUGGAGAUCUUGCAAGGCCAUUGUCUGCACGUUUUGUGGUGCCACUCUUAAAGCAUAUCCAUGACCAUGUCCUUACAUAUAUACAUGCAUAUAUACAUAACCAUCAUCAUCAUGGUCGUACGUAGUUGUAUAAUUAUACGAUCGAUAAACUAGUUCUUUUUAUUUAUUUCUAUUUAAGUUUAGUAUAUACAUCUAAUGUCUAUUUUUGGUAUGGAAUAGCAUUUAUAAGACUUGAAUGUUGUUUUCAAAAGUUAACCUACCCCUUGUAUAAUGACCUGUGUCAUUUUGGCAGCAAGUAACUUCUAAUAAAUGUUACAUUAUAUCGAUC